AUGUCCUCCGUCACCAAAGGUGUCAUCCUCGUCGGCGGCCCCUCAAAGGGCACCCGCAUGCGCCCCCUCACCCUCGACCGCGCAAAGCCCCUCCUCCCCAUCGCCGGCAAGCCCAUGGUGUGGCACCCACUCGCGGCACUCGCAAAGGUUCCCGGCCUGUCCGAGAUCAUUCUGAUCGGCUUCUACGAGGACAAUGUGAUGGCCCCCUUUGUCAAGGAGUCGCAGCGCGAGUUCCCCAACAUUCGCAUUAGCUACCUCCGCGAGUACAGGUCCCUCGGCACCGCCGGCGGCCUUUACCACUUCCGCGACUCGGUGCUCCGCCCGCCCGUCCCCCAGCACAUCUUCAUCUGCAACAUUGACAUUUGCUCGAGCUUCCCCUUUGCCGAGAUGCUCGAGCUGCACAACAAGCACCGCGGCGUCGGCACCAUUCUCGGUGUCAAGGUCAAGAAGGAGACUGCCACUCGUUACGGCUGCAUUGUCUCGGACCCCGAGACUUCGCAGGUGCUGCACUAUGUCGAGAAGCCCGAGAGCUGGAUCUCGAACACGGUCAACGGCGGUGUCUACAUGUUCGACGUGUCCCUCUUUGACGAGAUCAAGGUCGCCAUGGACCUCAAGGCGACGCGCGCGCAAAACGACCCCCUUGUCCAGCUCGACGAAAACCUCCAACUGGAGCAGGACGUGAUUGCGCCGCUGGCGGCCCAGCGCAAAAUCUACGUGCUCGAGUCGAACGAUUUCUGGAAGCAGAUCAAGACGGCCGCCUCUGCCGUGACCGCCAACGCGCUGUACCUCAAGGACUAUAGCAAGAUCCGCCCCGACCUGUUGUCAAAGGGCGCCAACAUCACCGGCCCCGUGUUCAUUGACGACAGCGCCGUCAUCGACCCCACGGCCAAGGUGGGCCCCAACGUCGCCAUCGGCGCCGGCGUGACCGUCGGCGAGGGCGCGCGUAUCGCCAACGCCAUCCUGCUCGAGAACAGCCUGAUCGACAAGCACACCGUGGUCCUCAACUCGAUCAUUGGCAGCGACUGCCGCCUGGGCCAGUGGGCGCGCGUCGACGGCGAGCCCGAGCCUGAGACGGCCGUCAAGGGCCAGAUCUCCGUGUCCGUCCUCGCGUCCGAGGUGUGGGUCGCCCCCGAGACCCACAUCCGCUCGUGUAUCGUGCUCCCCAACAAGUCGCUCGGUAAGAGCGCCGCCAACCAGGUGCUCCUUUAG